CAUUUGUCGCGAGAUAACCGCCUGUCGACGCAUCGAACUACCACUGCCCUCUCCUUGGAUCUGACCUGACCCUCUGGUUCUAGCUUUCUCCAACCGCUGGAAGCCCAACAAGCUGGAAGAGCGUCGUGGAACGCUUGUUAGCGCUGCGCCACCCGCUGUGACUCCCCUGCAGUGCUUGUUGCACCGUGUCUAGUCGACGUCGUUCUUUCGUGCAGUGUGUAUCCGUACAGAGGCCGGGUGCUGAGCGUGUACAGUGGUGAAGUUCAAGGUGGAUCCCUGACGCGGGAAAAUGCAGUCCGCUGCGCGGUUUCCGGAUCAGCUGAGUGUGGAUCCGCCUGAUAUCGAGAAUAUACUUGCGCUCAAUCCACGCGUCAAGCAGACAACGACGAUAACGCCCAGCGCCGACACAAAGCGAAACAAGCAGCACUGGAAGAGGAACAGCGAUAAGAAGUGCAACAGCUGCAAGCCUCUGGAGAAAAACUUCGACGACAUCAAGCACACCACGUUGAGCGAACGUGGUGCUCUAAGAGAAGCAGCCAGGUGUUUAAAAUGUGCGGAUGCUCCGUGCCAGAAAAGCUGUCCCACGCAGCUCGACAUCAAAGCAUUUAUCAGCAGUAUUGCGACAAAGAACUAUUAUGGAGCAGCAAAAGCCAUCUUCUCGGACAAUCCCUUGGGCCUCACCUGCGGCAUGGUUUGCCCGACGAGUGACCUCUGCGUCGGAGGGUGUAAUCUCUAUGCUUCUGAAGAAGGGCCCAUUAACAUAGGAGGCCUGCAGCAGUUCGCUACGGACGUUUUUAAGCAGAUGCGAGUUCCUCAAAUUCGGCCUCCCGAACCUACCACCGCUCCAGACCUUCCGGCAAGUUACAAAGCUAGGAUUGCCCUUGUCGGAUGCGGUCCUGCCAGCAUGAGUUGUGCCACGUUUCUGGCCCGGCUCGGAUACUCAGACAUUGUCAUCUUUGAGAAGCAGCCUUACUUCGGUGGUCUCAGCUCGGCGGAGAUCCCUCAGUACCGGCUUCCAUUCGAUGUCGUUUCAUUUGAACUUGAUCUCGUCAGGGAUUUAGGCGUCAGAGUCGAAUUCAACAAGGCUCUCGGCCGGGACUUCACUAUCCAGUCUCUUAAGAAGGACUACAACGCAGUCUUCCUUGGCAUAGGACUGCCAGAUCCUAAAGUCAUUCCCAUAUUUGAAGGCCUAGACUCAAGCCACGGAUUUUUCACGUCAAAGACGUUUCUACCGCUCGUAGCAAGAGCUAGCAAACCAGGAAUGUGCCACUGCAAGCAGUCACUGCCCAGCCUACACGGCAGCGUAAUUGUCCUGGGAGCUGGAGACACGGCAUUUGACUGCGCCACGUCCGCGCUUCGGUGCGGAGCCAGGCGAGUUUUUGUCGUGUUCCGCAAGGGCUUCACAAACAUCCGCGCCGUCCCAGAAGAGAUGGAACUAGCGAAGGAGGAGAAGUGCGAAUUCCUUCCCUUCCUGUCCCCGCGCAACUUGCUCGUACAUGAUGGUCGCAUAAAGGGCAUGGAAUUCCUCCGAACGGAGCAGGCCGAAGAUGGUAGCUGGAUCGAGGAUGAAGAACAAGUCGUCCGGCUUAAGGCGGAUUUCAUCAUCUCGGCCUUUGGCUCAACUCUCGGAGAUAAUUCAGUUGUCGAGGCACUCAGUCCGCUCAAGCUAAACAAAUACGGGCUGCCGGAAGUUGAUACCAAGACGAUGCAGUCGAGCGAACCCUCGGUGUUCUGCGGUGGUGACAUAGCCGGCGUCUCCGAGACAACAGUUGAGGCCGUCAACGAUGGAAAGACAGCUUCUUGGCACAUCCAUAAAUAUCUGCAGUCGCUGCACAACCUGUCCGUACCGCAAGUACCCGAGUUGCCCCGGUUCUACACUCCGAUCGACUUGGUGGAUCUAAGCGUGGAAUUCUGUGGACUCAAGUUCAAAAACCCAUUUGGCCUCGCCAGCGCUCCGCCCACAACAACCAGCGCCAUGAUCCGGCGAGCAUUCAAAGCUGGAUGGGGAUUCGCCCUGACCAAGACUUUCGGCCUCGACAAGGACGUCGUGACCAAUGUUUCACCUCGCAUCAUAAGAGGAUCGACAUUUGGUCACACGUACGGACCGGGCCAGGGAUCCUUCCUCAACAUCGAGCUGAUCAGCGAGAAGACGUCGGCGUACUGGUGUGGCAGCAUUGCGGAACUUAAGAAGGAUUUCCCUGAUCACAUUGUGAUCGCCAGCAUUAUGUGCACAUUCAACGAGAAGGACUGGACAGAGCUCGCGCAACAAGCGGAGAGAGCAGGCGCAGAUGCGCUCGAGCUGAACCUUUCUUGCCCUCAUGGGAUGGGUGAAAGAGGGAUGGGAUUGGCUUGUGGUCAGGAUCCAGAGCUGGUUCGAAACAUUUGCCUGUGGGUACGGAAGGCCGUGAAGAUUCCAUUCUUCGCCAAGCUGACGCCAAAUGUCACCAACGUUGUCACGAUUGCCAAGGCAGCCUAUGAAGGUAAGGCUGACGGCGUCACGGCAGUCAACACGGUGUCCGGUCUGAUGGGCCUCAAGUACAACAACGAUCCGUGGCCGGCGUUCGGCAUAGAGAAACGUACCACGUACGGUGGCAUGUCCGGUAACGCUAUCCGGCCCAUUGCACUGCGUGCCGUGUCCGCCAUUGCCCGGGCUCUGCCUGGAUUUCCGAUCCUCGCCACUGGCGGAAUAGACUCAGCCGAGGCUGGAUACCAGUUCCUCCAGGCUGGAGCCUCAGUGCUUCAAGUGUGCAGUUCCAUACAGAACCAGGACUUCACGGUGAUCGAAGACUAUCUCACGGGACUGAGGGCAGCAUUGUACUUGAAGAACCUCGAAGGAACGGAGAACUGGGAGGGCCAAUCGCCUCCGGUACGGCCGCACCAGAAAGGAAAGCCGAUACUCAAGCCUGCAGGACUGGGAAGCCAGACGCUGCCAAACUUCGGGCAAUAUCUGCAGAAAAAGGAAGCCCUCGUCGCCAAAGAGAAACUGACGGCUGACCUGCUUUCGGAAGACAAGGUAGCAGCGACUAACCGAGAUAUCAGAAAGCUCAAAGGGAAGAUUCCGAACGUUCAGGACGUGAUUGGUGCGUCCCUGAAAAAGAUCGGCACCUUUGGAGACCUAGACAUUACUCAACAAGUGGUGGCAUUAAUCGACGAGGACAUGUGCAUCAACUGCGGCAAGUGCUACAUGACGUGCAACGACUCGGGCUACCAAGCCAUCGAGUUCGACGCAGAGACGCACCUACCCACCGUGACGGACAGCUGCACGGGCUGCACACUGUGCCUCUCCGUCUGUCCCAUACCGGAGUGCAUCCAGAUGGUGCGUCGCACGACGCCUGCCGCGCCAAAGAGGGGCGUGCCAUUCGCACAGACCGAACAGUUCAUGAAGGCGCGAUUCCCUAUGCUAGCGCAGUGACCCUCCUGUUGUGACGUUUACGGCUAUUGAUGAAAUGGCCGCUGGUGCUUCGGAUGCGCUUGCGUCCAAACACGUCUCGAGACCCUCCAAUGGCGGACGCUAUGGUAAUAAUAAAAUCGAAACAACGAUAAA